AUGGCACAGCUAUACGUUCUUCUAGCUCUUGUCCUCGGAAUAGUGGGAAUUGUGCGGCUCCUUUUUAUCGGCCGACGUCCCAAGAACUAUCCUCCAGGUCCGCCUACACUACCUCUGCUAGGGAACUUACAUCAGAUGCCUACUCGGGACGCCCAUCUCCAGUUUGAGAAAUGGGCACGAGAAUAUGGGCCAGUAUACAGCCUUAUUCUUGGCACAAAAGUGCUCAUUGUCCUAUCAAGCGAUGCUGCCGUCAAAGAGCUCCUUGAUCGAAGGAGUGGAAUCUACUCGGAUAGACAAGAUAUGUACAUCGGGCAAACUUUGUGCAGCGGAGACUUGAGGCUCCUAAUGAUGGGAUAUAACCCUAGAUGGCGAGCGUUCCGAAAGAUGGUCCACUCGCUCCUCAAUAUUACAGCUGCUAAAUCCUAUGUCCCUUAUCAAAUGCUGGAGAACAAGCAAAUGCUUUAUCAGUUCCUCGAGGAGCCACAUGAUUUUCUGAAGCACAUCCGAAGAUACUCAAAUGCCCUUACGACGACAAUGGUUUUUGGCUGGAGAACACCAACAUACGAAGACCCUAACAUGAAGCAACUCUUCGAAGGGUUUUCAGAAUUCGCAGAGAUCAAUCAGACCGGGACUGCUGCACUUAUAGACUUCUAUCCCAUCCUGCGCAGGCUGCCAGACUUUCUAUUGUCGACACGGAAGAAGGCUAAACACCUCCAUAGAGUUGAAAAAGAUCUUUAUCUCAAGCAUUGGCUGGAAGCAAAGGCCGCGAUCAAGAACGGAAAGAUACGACCAUGUUUCUGUGAGGGAAUGGCAGAAGCACAGAAAGCAGACAACUUCUCAGAUGAUCAGGCUGCAUAUAUCUCGGGUACACUUCUGGAAGCAGGCUCGGACACUACAUCAAGUACCCUCUAUGCCUUUGUUUUAGCAAUGGUUCUCUACCCUGAUGUUCAGAAGAAGGCCCAGGAGGAGAUCCAAAAAGUCACUGGCGAACGCUUACCGACCAUGGAAGACGCGCCGGGUCUACAGUACAUCCGAGCGUGUAUCAAGGAGACUCUUAGGUGGAUGCCCACCACCAUCUUGGGGGCAGUGCCACAUGCAGUCACCAAGGAUGACGAAUAUAUGGGGUAUUUGAUCCCCAAAGGCGCUGGGGUCAUGAACAAUGUCUGGGCAAUCCAUAUGGAUCCAAAGCGCCAUCCCGAUCCUCGUCGUUUUGAACCGGAGCGUUAUAUCAAUGAUAAGUUGAGUCUCUACGACUCGGCAGUUAAUCCUGACGGGGCUAAACGCGACGUGUUUACUUUCGGUGCAGGUCGACGCAUCUGUCCUGGGAUGCACGUUGCUGAGCGCAGCUUGUUCCUGGGCAUGGCUCGGAUAUUAUGGGCAUUCAAUAUUAGACCAGCAUUAGACGACGCAGGCGAUGAGAUCAUCCCAGAUCAGGACAAACUUACGCAAGGCUUUGUUUGUAUGCCUGAAGAAUUUCAAGCUACGAUCACUCCAAGGUCGGAAGAAAGAGCUGAGAUCAUCAGGAGAGAGUGGCGAAAUGCCGAAGCAGAAUCUCUUGACGCGCACUCCAAGCAGUGGAUUGGCUAUGAAGCGAAUAGUAAAUAUCUCUAA